AUGGGAAAUUUUCGUCAUUUCGACACUCAUCAACAUAAACAGCAGUUGUAAUCAGCCAUGGCAGGUAUACAAAAAUGGAUUCCUCCUUUGCCCCCGGGAUGGGAGGCUCGAUAUGAUCAAAACCAAAGGGCUUAUUUCUUCAUCAAUCAUGAGACGCGUACCACACAAUGGGACGAUCCUCGGUAUUCAACGCAGCCGGCUGCUCCAGCAGCAAAUGCCUCCCAAGCCGCUGCAUCCCUUGGCAUCAGAGGCGGUCCCAGCGAGCGAGGGGGACAUGCUAUGCAAGAGUUGUCCCCGCAUCAUCAGCCCCGCUCUCGAUCACACUCCGGCAGUCGCUCUCACCAUCAUCAGCAACAUCACCAGGAGUCCAGCAUGAUGGAUCGGCAAAACGCAUCGGCGCUGGUGCUGGAAAAACUCAAGAGGGACUACCCCAGCGCUACUAUAGAGCUGUUGGCGGACCUCUACCGUGUUUGCCAUGGGAAUGAGAGAGAGCUGAGAGAACAGCUAAAUGACCUUGGAUUUGGUGGCAGUCAAUCAGCCAGCCAUGGAGCAUCUCCCAGUCGGCGCACGCAGGAACAGCCGCGUCACUCAAGGGCACAACAUCAGCCACAGCCACAGCCACAGCCACAGCCACAGCCGCAGCAGCCAGCCCGGAGACGGGAGUUGUCGGCCGCUGAGAAAAACAGAGCACGGAGAGCUCCCGCCCUUCUACAAGAGUGAGCAGUGCGAGCACAACUGCGAGCAGCUCAUCUCGAUCUACAGUUAUCUCCCCUCCCCCUGGGAGCCUGGAGCCAGCCGGUCUCGGAGAUGAAGAAAGUCUUCGACCUCAGAGCAUUCAAAGUGCUCAGCGCAAUGGCCAAUCCAGGUCGCCGAGCCGUCAGACGACCCCGACCCGGACUGGUCCCGCAACUGUGUCGACCAUAUUUGUCGGAACUCGCACAUCGUCGGCCCCCACUGCCGCCAGCGGCCUUGUGGGUUGGGGAGAUGCGGGGUCCAGUCGUGGAGCCUCCCCGUCUCACCAGCCUCAGCACGUUAGAGCAAAGCAGGUCACCAAAAUGAGCGAGCACCUGGUGAACACCACCAACGACCUGCUCAACCACCUGGCCAGCACCGCCUCUUGCUGCACCCGGGAGGAGGAGGAAGUGGUUGUCGUGGAGACGGAGGCCGAGAGCCGGAGAGGAACUAGGGCGCCCAAGCCUCGGAACGCCGCGGCCGCAACUGUCGUGACCGCUCAACCCCGCGUUGACCAGCGAAUCAGGUCCGAAUACCAGACGGAGGUCAAGGGGCCUGAUGCCAGCCUCCGUAAAGGCCCGGACAGCUCGUUGCUGACGUCCGACUACACCCAAGCUCACGGCCCCGACAAGACCCUUCAUGACGGACCGGACCGUAGCCGCGUCUGUGGACCCCAGGGGGCCACUGGGCCGGACCCGCUGCUCCGAUGUGGCCCUCAGAGUUCUCUCCACCAGGGACGGGAUAUGUCCAUGGUCAGCCCGUCCGGCGUUCUCAUUUCAAAUGUUUGAAGUCCACGCCUCUCGUGUGACUCCUACUUCUGCGUCUCUUGCACAACUUUAAAUGAAUGAACGUGUAUGGAUUUGCUAUGCUCAAGAUUUGUGCACUUUACCCAUGUUGCAACACUGCCUGGAACUAGAUUGACUGCUCAGUGUAAGACUGGGUCAUAAGUGGCGUUGGUGGCUUAGUGGCUAGGCUCUCAGACUCGCAAUGGCAAGAUCGCGGGUUCGAAUCCCAUCAGGGGCCCGGCGUUACACAAAUUUUCCUCACU